UGCAUGAGUGGGACAGUGUGCCCACUCUCCGUUAAAUCAUCUUCUUAUUUUGCUGCCCCCACCCACCCCCCACAAGCUCGGAGGCUUGCCCGCUCGUUCCUCACCUGUUGGCCGUCUCCACGAGUCCAUCCGCACCCGCGGACGGCAGGCAAACAGCCGUAGAGGGGGCGAGGUUCUCCGCCAUGGCCACGGCGUUCAAGGCGUUCUUGAACAGCCCCGUCGGCCCCAGGACCACGCACUUCUGGGGACCCGUCAGCAACUGGGGCUUCAUCCUCGCGGGUAUGGCUGACAUGAACAAGCCACCUGAAUUGAUAUCCGGCCAUAUGACUGCAGUCAUGUGUGUGUAUUCUGGCCUAUUUAUGAGGUUCGCAUGGGUGGUACGGCCCCGGAACUAUUUUCUUAUGGCAACCCAUGCCUCCAACGAAAGCGUUCAGCUCUACCAGUUAUCUCGCUAUGCUAGGGCUCAAGGUUACCUGGAGAAGAAAGAGCCUGAAGCCCAACAGUAACAAUGGCCCGAAGAAUACUGUAGACACUAUUUAUGUAAACAAAAUUGGUUUCGGGUAAUUUGUAAUGCUUGUAAUCAUACCGUUUAUGUAUUAAUUACACUGUCGCAAUACAACAAAAUGGAAAACCCUAUGAUACGGAAUGAGAUCCUUUGACAUAGGAGGAAUUAGAAGGA